AUGAAAGAUUUCACAUUGACUGGCUUCUCCUUAAAAGAACCUUUGGCCUUCGACAAACAUGUGUUGAAUGGAUGGAGGGGGAGCACCCUACGGAGCUACAACUCCGCUGUGAGGAAAUUUCUAAAAUUCGCCCGGUUGAAGAUAACGAGGAGGUUUGAACUGCCAGCUACUGAAGACGAGAUCUAUGGCUUUUGCUACUGGGCAGGUAGGACAGCAGGCGACUCAAACCCCGACAAGAUAUCCGGAGUGACUCUCACCAAGUAUCUGCACGGUCUGAAAGCAUGGCAUGUAUACCACGGGUCCACAUACCCUUCGCUGUCAGAAAAGAAGGUCGCGCUAAUGCUGAAAGCCUCAGCGAAAGCGGACGCACUAGCGGUCAGAGCGAAGACAAAACGUCCGGUGAUGAUCGAACACUUGCUACUGCUACACGAUCACUUGUCAAAAGGUGACGAUCUUGGAAGAGUCCUACUAGACAUGGCACUCGUUGCCUUUUGGGGCAUGGCCAGGCUGGGCGAACUUACAUACGACGUCCCCCAUGGGCGACUGGAAAAAGACAAAGGUGUCCGGAUCCGCAACGUGCGAAUUGCCAGCGACGAACAAUCGGCGUUAAUCAAGAUUCAUUUUGCCAAAACGGCAAACGGCGGCGAGGUGCAGCGGCUGCUGUUGACAGCAACAAACAACAAGCUAUGCCCGGUAAAAGCUCUGGUCAGGCGGUUAUCGUCCGGCUCGCCCGACGACUCCCUCUUUGGGCUCGACACCGCCGCCGGGAGGAAGAAUUUGACAAAAAGUUACUGCACACGACGCCUACAAUCAGCAUGGAGAGGAAUCGGCUUGACAAACCUCUCGGGACACUCAUUCAGAGUGGGGGGGGGCGUCCUUACGCAACGCUUUAGAAGUGGAUAUAUCUACUAUCUGUAA